GAGCCUUACAAAGCGUCACGAGUUCCAGGAGUGAUCAUGGGGAGAUGAGGAAGAAUAACAGUGGUUAGCGAGCAGCUGCCGCUGCUAUUAAUGAAGUAAGUUUUUCCACCGUUUGAGCGGCGACUUAGCGGGGGCACCAUGGCGAACAUCACCAAGAAAGUGUCGUGGUCCAGCCGAGCCGACGAGUCCGCGGCGGCCGGGGAGUCAACACCGCUUCUCAACGGCUCCGAGCAGCCGCAGCACUCCAGACAGCUGUCUGGAGGAGGCAGUUUAUUUCAGAUAGGCAGACUCAGCACGGUGGAUUUGGAAGAGGAGAUAACGUCAGAUGAGGACUCUCUUAGGGGGCGGCCCAAAGAGAUCCCACACAAUGAGAAGCUGCUGUCACUUAAAUAUGAGAGUCUGGACUAUGAUAACAUUGAAAACCAGCUGUUUCUUGAAGAGGAGAGGAGGAUGAGUUAUAUGGGUUUCCGCUGUCUGGAGAUCAGUCGCUGGGUGGUCUGUGGUCUGAUUGGCAUUCUAACCGGCCUCAUCGCCUGCUUCAUCGACAUCGUGGUGGAGCAGUUGGCUGGGAUCAAAUACCAACUGAUUAAAGAGAACAUUGAAAAGUUUACAGAGACGGGUGGACUGUCCAUCUCUCUGAUCCUCUGGGCCGUCCUCAACUUCACCUUCGUCAUGGUGGGAGCUAUCAUAGUUGCUUUUUUUGAGCCCAUAGCAGCAGGAAGUGGUAUUCCUCAGAUAAAAUGUUACCUAAAUGGAGUCAAGAUUCCCAGGGUUGUACGACUCAAGACACUGGUGAUUAAAGUGUGCGGUGUUAUCUGUUCGGUGGUUGGCGGUCUUGCUGUCGGGAAGGAAGGUCCCAUGAUUCACUCUGGUGCUGUUGUAGCUGCAGGAGUCUCCCAGGGCAGGAGCACCUCUUUAAAGAGAGACUUUAAGAUCUUUGAAUACUUCCGGAGAGACACAGAAAAACGGGACUUUGUUUCUGCUGGAGCUGCUGCUGGAGUUUCUGCUGCUUUUGGAGCACCAGUUGGCGGUGUUUUGUUCUCUCUGGAGGAGGGAGCUUCCUUCUGGAACCAGAUGCUGACAUGGAGGAUAUUUUUUGCCUCCAUGAUCUCCACCUUCACUCUGAACUUCGUCCUCAGUAUCUAUCACUCACAUGCAGGUGACCUUUCCAACCCAGGUCUCAUCAACUUUGGACGCUUUGAAGGCGACAGUGUGACCUAUAACCUCUAUGAAAUCCCCUUGUUCAUCGCUAUGGGAGCUAUAGGUGGAUUUUUAGGAGCGCUCUUCAAUGUUCUCAACUACUGGCUGACCAUCUUCAGGAUUAGAUACGUUCAUCGGCCGUGCUUGCAAGUGAUGGAGGCCAUGCUGGUUGCUGCGGUGACCGCGACGGUAUCAUUCACUAUGAUCUACUUCUCCAAUGACUGUCAGCCUCUGGGACCAGAAAGCACUGAGGAAUAUCCACUGCAGUUGUUCUGUGCAGAUGGGGAGUAUAACUCCAUGGCAACAGCCUUCUUCAACACUCCUGAGAGAAGCGUUCGUAGUCUCUUCCACAAUCAGCCAGGAACCUACAAUCCUCUGACACUGGGUUUGUUUACUCUGACCUACUUUUUCCUGGCGUGUUGGACCUAUGGCCUGGCUGUGUCUGCUGGAGUCUUCAUCCCGUCUCUUCUGAUAGGAGCUGCCUGGGGGAGGCUCUUUGGCAUCCUGCUGGCCUCCACCAGCUCCGGUGGUGCACAACACAGCAAUGCGAUUUGGGCUGACCCUGGGAAAUAUGCCUUAAUUGGAGCUGCAGCUCAGUUGGGUGGCAUCGUGAGAAUGACUCUCAGUUUGACUGUCAUCAUGGUGGAGGCAACAGGAAAUGUCACAUACGGCCUUCCCAUCAUGCUCGUCCUCAUGACUGCCAAGAUAGUAGGAGAUUACUUUGAAGAGGGCUUGUAUGACAUUCACAUCAAGCUGCAGAGUGUUCCCUUCCUGCACUGGGAGGCUCCUGCCACCUCCCACUGGCUGACCGCCAGAGAGGUGAUGAGUUCUCCGGUCACCUGUUUGAACAGGAUAGAGAAGGUGGGAACCAUCGUCGACAUCCUUAGCAACACAUCAACCAAUCACAACGGCUUCCCUGUCGUCGUGCAGGUUCUUGAGAGUGAUGAGCCAGCAAAACUCUGUGGCCUCAUCCUUCGUUCUCAGCUCAUUGUUCUUCUCAAACACAAGGUUUUUGUGGAGCUAGCCCGAUCACGGUUGACCCGGAGGAAACUCCAGCUAAAAGACUUCAGAGACGCCUACCCUCGAUUCCCCCCGAUCCAGAGCAUCCACGUCUCCCAGGACGAGAGGGAGUGUAUGAUGGACCUCACUGAGUUUAUGAACCCAACGCCUUACACAGUACCACAGGAAACGUCUCUGCCUCGUGUGUUUAAGUUGUUCCGAGCUCUGGGGCUCAGACACCUGGUGGUAGCCGAUGACGAGAACAGGGUGGUUGGACUAGUGACCAGGAAAGACUUGGCCAGAUAUCACCUGGGCAAACAUGGACUGGAGGAGCUUCAGCUGGCCCAGACAUAGAACACAGACACGCACAUACAGACUAUGGCCACCUGUUGCCUCAGAAGCUGUUGACCACCAGCUAUGCAGCCCACAAGGAGGUCUUUCUCUUUUCUUUAAAUAUUUAUUAAAAAUAGCUGCCCUUCUAAUAAAUCUGACUGAAGUUCCUCUGAUUUGUUAUUUGUCCAAGACUUUUAUAAUUAUUCACCACUUUAUCAUGAAGCAACAAACGAUACUUUAUUAUAUUUCUUUUUUUCUUUUGGCUGUGUCUUUCGCUUUUACUGAAUUUUAUCUGGAUCAGUAAUGUCAGAAUGACAGCAUCACUUAACCUUUCAACCCAUUUGCAGGCUUGCCAACAGUUUGAUCUGCUGGUAAACGGAGAACUUUCUGCUUUGUUUUGUUCACAAAAACCUUCACACAAACAGUACCAUUAGAAAGUUUAGGGUCACUUAGAAAUGUCCUUAUCUCUGAAAGAAAGCCAUUUUCUUCAAUAAGGAUGGAAUUAAAUGAAUCAGAAACACAGUGUAAACAUUCUUAAUGUGCUAAAUGACUAUUCCAGCUGGAAACGGCUGGUUUUAAUGGAAUAUCUCCAUAGGGGUACAGAGGAACAUUUCCAGCAACCAUCACUCCUAUGUUCUAAUGCUACAUUAAAUUGCCUGGAUGACUCCAAACUUCAGGACGGUAGUGUAUGUCUGUCUGUUGUUGGUCCUAUUGUGCCUUCUCACCAUCAUUUAAACAGUUUGUAUGACGUUUUGGAGAUACUAUGGUAGUGCAGUGACACAUGAAUAACAGACUAAAGGUCCAGUGUGAAGGAUUCAAGGGAUUUCUAUGAGCAGAAAUGAAUGAUGUUUUCAUCAGUGUAUAAUCACCUGAUAAUUGGAAUGACCAUGUUUCUACAGUAACUCAGAGUGAACAAAAAACAAAAACAAAAAAAACAACACUGGCUCCAGCAAGAGUUUUUUUUAAGUUGUCCACUGUAGGUUCUUCUACAUGCUUAGAGGCAGACUGUGAGUUGAGAGGUAUUCAGUUCAGGAGAUGCAACUAAAUCCUGCACACCGGACCUUCUGAUUACAUUUUAAAAUGGGUGAGAUUGGUGCUUUUCAUGUCUUGCUAUUAAACAACAUGAGACAUUUAAAGUGGUUUGCUCUCAAACAGAUGUUGAGUGGGUGUUCAUGUUAAAGAGUGGGUUUGUAUCACAUUCUGUGAACAAAAUCAGGUUUGCCAUGUUUGUGUAGUUUUGCACUGAGUGAAUGCUGUUAUUUAUUGUUGAUGCUGAAUGCUUGUUUUAAUUUAAAGUGUAUGGGUUGGGCUGACGUGUGGUCAAAAUUUAGGUUUUACGCCCCAUUACUAAGCAGUCUGUUCAUGUUUGUUUUUGAGUGAAAGCGAGAAAAUUGAAUGUCUGUCUACCCAAACGCAAAGGCAGACCCUUCCUCCCUCUCUUUCUGUCAGCUUUGUUUUAUAUAAACAUUUGUUCUACAGUCGGUACAAACCAGACUGGUACUCAAUGAGUGUUUUUUUUGUUUUUUUUAUCACCUUCAAAGUUUUGCACUGUGACCUGCUUCUGAAAAGUUUGUUGAGAUGUACCCACAAGUGUCCCUCAUGAAGCUCUAGAUGAAUGUAAACCGUUGUUUACCACGUUUGUUCUGUUUAAACUAAUCAGUUUACCUUAGCUUUUCCCUGGCAGGGACACUAAUUAAUUCUUCAGUCAGUUUGUAAAUCUAACAUUUCUUCAAUUCUCAGUGUUAAUUUUUUUGUGCAUUUUGUUGGUUUUACAGUUUGAUUUUUGUUUCCUGUUUGGUCUUUGUUUUGUUAUACAGUUCUACAUGGAAAAAUGUCAACUUGUCUCUAUUUUUUAACCACUGGAUAAACUUUUUGUGAAUUAAUAAAGUCGAAAUGUCUCUA